AGCCUCCGCUCUCCAUAAAGAUUUAUAGGUAGACCUACCUACGUUUUAUACAGUAAGAGAAUACACCCCACAAAUGCUGUAAAGCUGCAUCUGGCAUUCGUUUUUUUCUCUGUCCAUGAGGUCCGCUCAUUCUUUCGGGGCUUUUUUUAUUUUCAUCAACUUUCAAGCGAAUAAAUGAGACACUCACAAAAUGAAGAACUACUAUCAAUGGUAAACUUAUCAUUAGAAACCAUGGAUGAUUAUGGAAUGAUAGAGCCAACAGAUGUUGGUACAGUAUCAGUAGACUAUGAUUCAAAAGAUGAUUUGAAACGAAAAAAUAAUCGCUGGGAUCAUGAGGAAACAGUGUGUUUGUUAAAUUUGAUUAAGGAAAACAAUUUCAUCAACAGAUACUCGGUUAUCAAGAUGUCGACCCUGUUGUGCCAAAUGAUGCAAACAAGAGGCUACAAUAGGACUGACAAGCAAAUACAGAUGAAGUUGACAACUUUGAGAAAAAACUAUUUGACAUUUACAAGGCAAAAAGUCAAUAGUAACAACAUAAAAGAGUGUCCAUUUUACAAAGAAUUAUGUGAAAUCUACAAAAACGCUGAUGAUACAAACGGUUAUGAUUCCGAUGAAUACGAAAACGAUGAUGAAUGCUUAAUAAAGUUUCCUGAUGAUCCAGUAGAAUGGACAAAAGCAGAAGUUCAGAAAAUGUUGAACCAAAUCAAGUACAUGAAACUUAAAAAUGAACUGACACUCACAUUUUUCUCCCCAGUGGCUGUGAAGAUGAUUGCAGAGGCCAUGCAAAAGUUUGGCUAUGAUAGAAGUGUUAACUCAGUAAAAAACGCAUUGCUUAAGUUAAGGACUAUGUAUAUAGAUUAUAAGAUGGGUUGUGAAAAUAAUGAAAACCCUCAGGAAUGUAUAUUUUAUUCGUGUCUUGAUAUGUAUUGGGGUAAGGAGUUCAAAAAGUGUCUUUUAAGAGAAAAGAGAAGAGUAAAGGCUGAAGAGCCCUGGAGUACUGAAGAAACUAUUGUAUUGCUAACUUGCAUUCGGGACUUAAAUAUAGUUGAAGAAGCUUACAAAAAUACGGAGAAAUCUGCUGAAGAUGUGAGAUUAGCCAUAGAAAAGCAAGGAUUUAACAGAACAAAGCAGCAGAUAAUGCAAAGAUUAAUACAACUGAAAAAAGACUUUGUUAGUGUUCAUACAUCAUGUUCUGAGGCUGGUGCAUUGCAAAAAUUUCCAUUUUAUAUUUUGUACAAAAAAUUAUUUGAAAGACAUAUUACUGAAGAAAUCAUACGUAGUAACACAAAAAAUGUACCAUUGGUUUCUUCAAAAGAUUCUAAUGACCAGUGGAAAAAUGAGGAAGUGAGUCUUCUUCUGAAAACCGUUCAAGAAAUAACAUCGAAGUCACAGAUGAACGACAGUUUAGAAGAUGAGAAAUUGCAGAAGUUGGUAAAGGUGUUGAGUCAAGCGGGUCAUCAGAAGACUGCUGAUCAAAUAAAGCGUAAAUUGGCUCUGCUCAAAAACUCGUACCUCAAGUGUAAUCAAGACAAUAGUUCUGAAAAAGAUAUCGUCAACUGUCCAUUUUAUAAUGAGCUGCACAAUAUUUUUCAUACACCCGUUUCUGAUCAAAGGUAUGAACUUAUACAAAAUUUAUUAGCAGAAAAUUUGGAUCUAAGUUCAUCAACGAAAUUCCCCGAUCAUAGUUACACGAACGUUAAGUUUGAGAAUGGCUGUUUGGGAACAGGAGAAAAUAAAGUCAAUGACAAAGUCACUGUAGUGCCCAACAAAUGCAUUAAUGCUUGGUUUCCAGUAGAAAGUAUAAUUGAUGAUGAUGGAACGUGCCAUUCAGCAUCCCACAAACCAACAAAUAUUGGGGCCAUCUCCAACACGGAGCAGAAACAGGAGGAAACAAUUUCAGCAACUCUUUCAGAUAAUGGUGAUAGCAAAGAGGAAAAUCGCACGAUUGCAGAGGACCCUUCUUUUUCAUUUUUCCCUCAGACUCUAAACGUCAUAGACCUCGAGGACCACAUACCAUCCUGUAUAAUAGAUAAUGUUGCUCUGCAUCAGGAAGUCGAGACGACUACUGAAGAGAACGACUUGGAUUGUUCAAAAGUUAUCACUGCGGAAAAGUCAGAGGGUCAAAUUUCUCUGGAUUUGUCAACGUCCUUCACAUUAUCUUCACCUGCAGAUGAAGAUGGGCAGCCCCUAUCGAAGAAACCACGCAUUCUUGAGGAAGAAAAAAUUGGGAAGACAAACAAAAUUGUUUUGCGACGAGUUGACGGUCCCCCUUCGUGUCUAAACAUCUCCAAGUCAACCAGUAAAUUUGUGCGACUGAUCGUCGCUCAUGACAGUCCAAACAGCAAGUCCAAUCUUGUAGACCAUAUUACAGCUCACAUUAAACCCUUGAGCCUAAACACUACAGCUGCGACAUUAAAUUCAACUGUGAAUUCUCAACCAAAUUCGCCUGUAGACAGGCUGGAAACCGUUAAACUGAAUAAUGAGAAACUACUCAAAGAAUAUGUUAUGGCACAAGAGCGGCAGAGUGGUGAAACUUUGAGUAAACUUGUGGUCACACAAGAACCUAUAACUAAUGGUCCAAGUGAUUACCUAUUAAAUGGUAGUAGCAGCACUGGCGAUAACUCCAAAGAUAAGAUUUCUGAAUCUAUAACAGAGGCUGUGCAAUCGAUGAUGAAGCACGACGAAGUAAUGCAGGACAGGCAUCAUUCGUGGAUGGAACAGCAGUUUGAAAUUCAGCGUAAGCACGAGGAAGAACAAAAUAAAAUCAUGGUCAAGGAGCUCCAAGAACUAAGAAAGUGUAUUGGAUAUUUAAUUGCAAGUAAAAUGCCACAUGCCAAUAAUCAGCAUCGAUAAUUAAGGCUUUUCCACAAGUCAAUAAGAAAAAAUGAUCUUUUUUUUUUCUAUUUUCUACAUCAUGGAUUGCUAAGCUUUAAAAAACACAUGUACAAAUAUGAAAAAAGAAAACUCGUCGAACUUGUAAAUACGAAGUUUAAGUUAAUAUUUAAAUUUAAAGUCUUUGAAGUUUACAGAGUAAUAAUACUUCGCGCGAUUUCUACGGAUUUUUACUAUGUAAAGUUAUGUUCUGUUAAAAAAAAAAUAUGUAUUGAAAAAUAGUUGGAAUUUCCAUCUUUUUGCAAAUAAAAGAUUCUAGUUCUUGGAUAUUUCUCAGUAAACAAAGAAUGAUAGAACAGUUUAUUCUAUUUUUCUGUUUUUACGUAAAAUUAAGCAAAGACAAAUUUGAUUAAAAAAAAAAAAGUAGUCUCUCAGACGAUCUUCUCCAUAAAUGAACUUCAAUGUUCAAAUCUUUAUUUUCCGAAAAAAAUAAUUGUAAGAGAGAAAUAAGUUUUAUACUAUAGAUUGCUAGAAACAACUUUAGACUGAAAUACAACUACAACGCAACUUUCAAACGAGCUGAAAGCUACAAAUUUUUUUCUACUGUCGCUGUAUCUUGCAAAAGCAACAAUAACUCAAAACUAAAAUACAAUUUUAUAAAAAA